CGUUCCACUGGGUUCCGUUCUGUGCUAAGAGGCUCCGUGUCCCUUGCAGGGACCAGCUGCAGACGGUCGAGCAGCAGCACAGGGUGCAGAAACAGAUCACGCAAACCUUUGAACUGGAGAUACUACGCCUGUACAGUUGCCUGGAUAGCGACCGCUUGCAGAAGAAACAGGAGGACGACAAAAUGGAAACAGCAGAAAUGGCUGAAGAAAGGCUCUCGGGGCCGAAUGAAGGCCCCUGUCAUCCGGUUGCUGGAUGCGGCGAAGAAAUGCUGGCCAGGAACGGGGCGGCCAACUCUUCGGGCCCCCAGACUCACCGUAGCAGCAGCAGCAACAGCAGCGGCAGCAGCAGCAAAGGCAACAGCAGCGGAUCCAGUCCGGAAAAGGCCCUCGGCGAACGCGGCGGACAGUUCAGCAACAGCUGCUGGGAGGCCUCUGCACGGCAGGCGCCUCCUGCCCCCCGCAGCCGACUGACGGUGGGUUCCUUCCCAAGUUCGGAGAGCUUCCUGGGCAUGAAAGCCCGCGAACUCUUCCGCAACAAGAGCGAGAGCCAGUGCGAAGAAGACAGGGGGCCCCUCCAGAGCCUCUGCGGCACGCUAAAGACUGAGUUGUGCAAGGGGCCCGGCCUAGAAGCCCCGGGGGCCCCACCCCUGUCCCCGGGCCCCGCGGAACCCACGCCCUCCCCCCGAAAUCAAGAAAGCAGCGUCGAAUCGCUCCACAUAAUGGACUACAACGAAUCCCUUCACGGUCACAGCUAAGCCGGGAGAGCGCGCGGGGGCGGCGGGAGGGGGCGGGGAGGAUGGGAGGGA